AUGGAUAGAAGACCCGAUGAAGUCCGCGCUACUUACUUGGACACAACUGGCAGAACUGUCAUCGUUUUGCAGAAAGAAAACCUUGUUCCAGAGCACAUCCAGUCAUUCACACUGUUCUACGAAUUCGAGUUCUCGCAAAUGAUCCGUGAACCAUUGCUCGCCACGGCAUUUUUCUUUGCACUUUUCACCGUUGUAAUUAUCUAUGUGCGGUUCGACUUCACAAUCGUUGCGGAUCCGGCACGUGAAGCACGCGAACGUAUCUUAGGAAAGGUGUCGGGGCUUUCCCAGUUGGUCGAUAAGAAGAAUCGUGUUUUCACGCAGUUUCUCAAUGCUGUGAAUCAGUAUAAAACAUCACGCGAUGUUUCGGCCUUGCAGGAUGGAAAGAAGAAACUGGAAACGGACCGUGCUGAUCUUAACGGGAAGUUGUCAUCGGCGCUGGCAACUUUGAAGGAGGACAGCCAAGAGUCUUAUGAUAAGGUAAGUAAAUGUUCUGACUCGCUGGAAGAUCUUUAUGCAAUUGCUCUCGAUUGAUU